CUGCAGCUGGAGGCAGCCUGACUGUCACCUGAAGAAGAAGGAAGUGUUCCUCCCACUGGGUUUUGGUUUUGUGCAGACUUGAGGUUGUUCUGCUGCCUCGGUACAGAAGCUCUUCGGGACGAUAAAGCAGGUGGAGCAGUUUAAUCUCCACAUUGGGUGAUCUUCUGGAGUUUAAAAGUCAAGACUGGACCGUUUCUCGCAAUUAUACGCCAUGGUUACACCAUGGAAGAACAGCAAAGCCACAGAGGGACCUGAUGUGACAAAAGACACGGAGAAGGUGAAAACACUGAGGCAGUUCCCUCCAUAUGGUACCAUGAAUGGGAACUUAACAGGAGACACCUGCCCCACAUGUCGUGGCACCGGGCGAAUUCCCAGAGGCCAUGAAGACCAGCUGGUUGCUGUAAUACCGUGUAAUGAUGUAAGGUUGAAACCCAGACGCACGAAGUUGUACGUGUGUGUCUCCAUGAUUGUCUGUCUCCUUCUUUGCUGUCUGUUCCUCUUCUUCCUCUUCCCGCGGAGUGUCAUUCUGACGCCUGUGUCUGUGCUGUCGGUCAUGGUUUACUUCACCCCAAAUGCAGUUGAAAUGCAGGUCACAAACCUCAUCAACAUCACCAACGAGAACUUUGUCCCAGUUCAGAUCGUCCAGUUUAGUGUUCAGGGUCUGAUCUCGCACUCAGUUGUGGGAAAGACCAAGAUAUCGAAUAUGACCGCCAUCCAGUCCCGCUCACAGAAAUCGUACACUGUUAAAAUUGACCUGCCUAUCAGUGAUAAAGGCUUAAACGCUUACUGCAAGUCGAGCACUAUCAAGAUUCACACGUUAUUUCUGGAGCUGCAAAUGACGAUGAAUAUUUCCUAUCUCUCUCACACCGAGCAGGUGUCUCUGGACACCUUUGAAUAUAUUGACUGUGGCAACAAUUCAACAAUCCCACAUCUUGUGAGAUGAUGAAAUCAAAAUGAAAAACACCAAUGUGGGAGUGUGAAAUGAUGAAUAUUCUGGUCGCAUUGCACCCUAAUCUCCUCUGUAUGGGAGGUGAGUUUGUGAAUGAUGACUACUGUGAAAAGGCAUCUUAUCUUAUUCUGUUGUUUUAGCAUACUUUAAGACUUAAAUCAACCACUACAAUGUUAGAAUUUAAAAUAUUGAUGCUUAAACUACACGUUUGUCUUAGCAUUAAUGUUUUUUUUGCUCUUAUUUGUUUGAGACCUGUACAUCUGUAUUGCAGGCAGAGUGGUCUCAUAAGCACAUUGUUAUUAUAACUUUGUAUUUUUAUUUGAAGACAUGUAAAUUUCUUUAAAAUUGAACUUAUUCAUUCAUACAUACAUUCUUGGAAACGGGCAGGAUGCCAGAUAUUGUGUAAAUAGGAUGUUAAUCUCUGAUCAGAUCUGAUAUUCUUGUCUUUUGUCAUUUGCACUUCAAUAAACUGUGGCAUUUUACCCUCCAUGAACCCUC